AUGGAUUCGUGGAUUAUAUUGUCUGUGAUAUGUUUAUUUCUGGCGUGUGUGUCAAGUCAAGAAUCUAGUCCGAUCUGCAUUCCGGUAUCGCAAUGUACCACCGACUUAAAAGAUAACACUUAUUUACAAGCUCUUGCAAAAAAUUUAACCUGUGGAUUUGUCGGAAAUGAGCCUAUCAUAAAUUGUCCCCACCCAUUCUUAGAGAUUAAAGGUAUAAAAUUAUUACCAAAAUACUCCGUUUGCGGAAUUCAAAACAACGAGAGGAUAUUUGGUGGCGAAAAGACAGAUAUAGAUGAAUAUCCGUGGAUGGCGUUAUUGAAAUAUCAAAAACGAAUAGGAAGCGGUUACUAUUGUGGAGGAGUGUUGAUUUCCUCGCGAUAUGUCCUUACAGCCGCUCAUUGUGUCAAUGGAAGCGAUAUACCUAGGACUUGGAAACUAACAGAAGUUCGUCUUGGCGAGUGGAACACAUCAAGCGAAAUCGACUGUUUGAACGACGACUGCAAUCUACCACCCGUUAAUGUGCCAAUUGAGAAGACCAUCGUCCACGAAGGUUAUAACGCUAAGGAUGGACACCAACAGAAUGACAUUGCACUCAUUCGUCUAGCUAGAAACGUACAGUUCACAGAAUUUGUGAAGCCUAUAUGUUUACCGGUAGAAGAGAACCUAAGAAAACAAAAAUAUACGGGCUGGGAUAUGACGGUUGCUGGCUGGGGUAAAACCGAAACGAAGUCUAUGUCCGAUGUGAAAUUAAAAGUAUCUCUGCCCAUUAUCGAUCCCAAGGAAUGUAAAACCGUAUAUUCUGCUGUAACACGGUUGAUCACUAAUAACCAAAUGUGCGCUGGUGGAUCUGAGGGCCAGGAUUCCUGUCGGGGUGAUUCUGGUGGACCACUCAUGGCUGAGGUGUCCAAGAACUGGUUCGUAUUCGGUGUUGUCUCCUAUGGACCGUCACCUUGCGGAUCUCAGGGUUGGCCCGGAGUCUACACGAGAGUCACAGCUUAUAUCUACUGGAUCCUCGCAAACAUGGAAGAAUAG